AUGGAUACCGAUUACACUGCAGAUGGGCAUCAACCACCACCACCAGCCCUACCACCACCUCCUCCACAACAACAAGAUCAACAAGACCAACAACAACAUGAGCCACUACCAUUUGAAGGACUAUCUGUUAUAAUAGAUGAAACCACCCAAACUUUACCAAAUGAUCCUCCGAGCAGGUUGAGACUUUGGACUCUAUUCGGAUUGGUAGAACUUGGAAUGGAAGAAAUGGUAGAUAAUCAUAUAAGUUUGGAAGAGUUGUUACGGAUCAUUAAUAGUAUACCCGCGGAUAACCUUGGUGAUGAAGAGAUUGCUAGACCGAUUGCCAUGAGAGAUUUUGUGUCCGCCAUUGCUUUCUUGGGAAUGAAUAAUACAAACACAAAUACAAAUGGAUUAGUAGAGGGCGUAGCAAAAGCAGUUAAAGAUCAUCGUCGUGACCGAUCUCAAAUCGAUUGGCGCAAUGCUUACAGUAUGGCAUGUGUUAUUGAUCUUGAAAAAGAACUCUAUUAUCACAGUUUUGGUCGUGUCGGUGAAUAUCUGGCAGAGACAGUCAACCAUUUGAUUAAGAUUGUUUCACUAAAGGUACCAAAAAUGAUGCAAGAUAGAAGAGUUGCACUCAAUCUGCUAUACAUUAUGAUUACUCAAUGUCAACGGUGGCAAGACAUCUACAACAACCAUCACGAUCAUGGCCAUCAUCACUUUGCUACCCGUCUGCUUGGAUCACACUGGCUCGAUGAAUUGGAAAGAGCCAAAGACACCUACCUAGAAGACGAUUCUACUCGUGUGGUUGCCUCGGCCUACAAACUCGCACUUUCCUCUCUCUUGUAUUGGAAAACCAGCGACAACAACAACAACAACAACAAAAACAAAAACAACGCUCAUUACGUUUUCAAUGUGUCUAGUGCCAAUACACUGGAUCCAGCAGCAGCAGCUUAUCAUGCUCCAGACCCUCAUCAGAUGAUGACACCACCAGUUGACCCUGCUGCUCUAGUUGUACCAAUUAGUCUAUCGACUAGUCUUGUGCUACAUGAGUUUGGUGAAAAUAAUUACAACCAGCCACAAUCCGAACCAAACCAAGGCAUUCAAGUUGGCGCGCACAUCACGACCUUUGUGAAUUCUCGCUUCUUGCCGGUCCCUGUACCAACCCUCGAGGAAUUAUUGGAAACCAAAACCAAUAUCGAAAAUGUGGUAUCCAGAUCUGAAAAGCCCAAGAAGUACCGAAUCUUACAAGCCUGCAGACUAUUGGGUAUUCGUCCGACUGUACAUAAUCAAGUAGAUCUUAGAGUGGUAUACUCUCAUCUUCAAACACAUAUCAACCAUAGUGGUGGGAAUGAUUAA